AAAAAAAAAAAAAAAGCGUGCGGCAGUUGCGCACACUGCGCCUACCCAGAUGCCUUCUGACGCUUGGAAAGAAGCGUCGUGGCCUGUUGCCUCUGCCAGGGAUCUAAUUUUUUUUCUUGCUUUUCUUUUUUUCUUUUUCCUUUUUUUGCCUUCUUUUUCAUUUCAUUUCUUUUUUUCCCGCCUUUUUGGUUUGCCUUUUGCCCCCUUCUUCCGGCUCUUCCCCAUCAUCCAUCAGAGUCAUCACAAUCAUCAUAAUCAUCACAAUCUUCUCCGCCUGUGUGUGUCUCUCUUUUGCCGUCUUCCCACUCAUCCGGGAUCCUUCUCACCCCUCGAGAAGGUCCUCACACACCUCUCUUUCUCAACGGAUAUCAUCAUCGCCAUCAUCAUCCUGUCUCCUCUCCACCAUCUACCCCUAGCCAACUUCUUUUUUGGUUGGGCCCUGUGCCUGUACCGCAGACACCAGAUCCUGGCCCCUGCAAUUGCCCUGUCGGACUAGGCAAGGUCAAGCUGCGCACUCCUUCACCCCUCCCCCUCCAAACUCACCCCCCUCAGUCCAUGUACCUGGGAUGUAUUUUCUUGGUGCUUCGCCUUUUCUCCCGCUAUUUGGCUGACUCGGGGGAGCCUCAAUUAAAUCACUGCCCUUGACUACUAAGGGCUGGUCCAUGCUUUUUUUUUUUUUGUUCCUUCUUCCAGGGCACCCCGAGGGCCCCACGGGCCCAAUUGGCCCUGGCUUGACUUCGCCUUAAUGCUUCAACGAUCAACUCUCUUUUGUGUCGGCCCUGUGGUUCCUAACUCACAUCA